CCCCCCCAUUCAUUUUUUCUUCGUUUUCACCAACGAAAAAGUCCUGUACAAUGUAUGAUGCAUGAUCUGUAUACCCUAUCUGUUCUGUUUCUUUUUAUUUUUAUUUAUAUUAAUAUUAUUAUUCUACACAUAUUACUUCAUGUCUAUAUUAGCGACCCAUCUCGAACGAUAAUGGAAGAUGACCCAUACGUGGUUCACGAUGCCCUAAUUCCCUGGAACCAAGUAAACCCGAAACACAAACACCCGCAGAAGUCGAACAAUAGCGAACUAAGGCACAUCCUAGGUAAAGCCUCCGACUCCAUUCCCCCCGCAUUUCGGUAAUUCCUCAAAAUCAUGAUCUGGAGAAGUUAUUCCCCAACCUCUUCCUCCGUCGGUACCAAAGGAAUAAGUCCCAGUUAAGGUUCCGGAGCCACACCCGCUCCGCUCACUUGACCAUCCCAAACCCUGAGCUUCUUCACCCAAAGUUUACAAAACCCAGACCAAAA